AUGGCGUUCAUGAGAACGCGUAUUUUAUUUGCUGCUUCAGAAACAACGUAUUCCAGUGGCGUUUUGUGUGUUUCUAUUAUAAUUGCAUUUGCAGGCUUGGACGUUGUAAAAAGCGAGGAUGCAUUUAGUGCGAGCCACACGACUACUGUACCCAUGGCCGCCGCUAGGGACUUACGAUAUCUUCUGUACGAUGUAAACCCUCCGGAGGGUUUCAACCUGCGGCGAGAUGUUUAUAUACGCAUAGCAUCCCUGGUCAAAUCUCUGAGGAAGAAUGGUGAUGACUGGGUACUUGUGCUUCCCCCCUGGGGUCGCCUAUAUCACUGGCAGAGCCCCAACCUUCAUCAGACCCGAAUCCCUUGGGGAGAAUUUUUCAGCCUUACCAACCUACAGGCCAAUGUUCCCGUGAUAGAGUAUGAGGAAUACAUUGCUGAAAAUGGAGGUCCAUUCAUUGAUCAGGUUGUGGUCCUGCAAAAUUAUGCAGAGGGAUGGACUGAUGGAAAAUGGGAGGAAAAGGUUGAUGAGCGGCCUUGCAUUGAGAAACUGAUGUACAACAAAGAUAAACAAGGCUACUACAGAGGGUGGUUUUGGGGCUUUGAAGAGACAAGAGCACGAAACAUAACUUGUCUGUCAGCCCAAGGUCACGCCUCCAUCAUGGUUCCUGUUCUUCAGAAGAACAUUACAGUGACUUCAGUAAUGCUUGACCGAGCAGAGACUCUUCUCCAUGAUCACUAUGCUGGGAAGGAUUACUGGAAUAGCCGCCGCAGUAUGGUGUUUGCCAAGCACCUGCGCCUUAUAGGAGACGAGUUCAGAGCAAAGUACCUCAAUUCGACAGAUGAUGGCGACCAAACUGUUUACAAUGAAGACUGGACUCGCAUGAAGGCCAAGCUGGGCUCUGCCACAGGGGGUCCAUAUUUGGGUGUCCACUUGCGACGAAAAGAUUUCAUCUGGGGCCACAGAGAGGAUGUACCCAGCCUUAAGGGGGCGGUGAAAAAAAUACGUAACCUGAUGAAAAAGCACAAACUGGAUAAAGUCUUUGUUGCAACUGAUGCUGAUGAAGAAGAACUGAAGGAGCUAAAGACGUUGUUGCCUGAGAUGGUGCGAUUUGAACCGUCCACAGAGGACCUGGAGCUUUUUAAAGAUGGAGGAGUGGCAAUCAUUGAUCAGUGGAUUUGUGCCCAUGCAAGAUUCUUCAUUGGGACAUCAGUAUCAACCUUUUCCUUCCGUAUCCACGAAGAGCGUGAAAUACUUGGUUUUAAUCCAAAAACUACUUAUAACCGUUUCUGUGGGGACACUGAGAAAGAGUGUGAACAGCCUACACACUGGAAAAUUGUUUACUGA